UGGCAGCCAUCUAAGCACCUGGGAGAGGUUAAGGACAAACAGUAGAAAACCCCCUGGCUGAUUCAAGCAGAUUAAAAUCCGGGGCAGUAUUUUCCACGUUCCAAAGACAGCACAACAAGGGACAGAUCCAGUUUCCUUUUGAACUGCUGAACACGACACGAGUCACAUGCCUGCUUCCACAGGAACCUCCUGAUGACCGACAGGUGUAAUCGGUGCCAUUAUUUUGUAUCUUGCUGGGAACUGCUAUUGCCAUUGUAGGAUUGUUUCAUCAUGGCCGAUGAUGCAGAUAUGCGCAAUGAACUGGAGAACAUGCAACAGCGUGCUGAUCAGGUGGCUGACGAGUCACUGGAAAGCACCCGACGCAUGCUUCAGCUUGUUGAAGAGAGUAAGGAUGCUGGAAUCAGGACUUUGGUUAUGUUGGAUGAACAAGGAGAACAACUGGAACGCAUCGAGGAAGGAAUGGACCAAAUCAAUAAGGACAUGAAAGAAGCAGAAAAGAAUUUGACAGAUCUAGGAAAAUUCUGUGGUCUUUGUGCCUGUCCAUGUAACAAACUCAAGUCAAGUGAUGCCUAUAAAAAGGCCUGGGGGAAUAACCAAGAUGGGGUGGUUGCCAGUCAGCCUGCUCGUGUGAUGGAUGAGCGUGAACAGAUGGCUAUCAGCGGGGGAUUUAUUCGCAGGGUGACAAAUGAUGCUCGGGAAAAUGAAAUGGAUGACAAUUUAGAGCAAGUUGGUGGUAUCAUUGGCAAUCUUCGCCACAUGGCACUUGAUAUGGGCAAUGAGAUUGAUACACAGAAUCGCCAAAUUGACAGGAUUAUGGAGAAGGCUGAAUCCAAUAAAACCAGGAUUGACGAAGCCAACCAGCGUGCAACAAAAAUGCUGGGAAGUGGCUAAGUUCUGCUGGAAAGUGCAUCGCUCCCAGGCACUGUUGAGAAAGCAGCAUACAACUUGAUUUUAUUGUGGUAUUUACUGAUUAGGUUUGCACACGUGCACAUAUCAGACCCAGUGUAAAAGUUGCCCUGUGUAGCUUGUCAUAUUUUUCACCAGACUACAUGCAAUUAUUUAUUUCUUGAAAAACCUCGUUCCAAAGGAUGUAUAUACAGCUAGAUUCAUGGCUUUAACUCCCUAGUGACCUUUACAAACUAUUUUAUGAUUUUUUUAAAAUCAAAAUUGCUUGGUAAGAUAGGAAUGUUAGAAAGGCUAUUUUUUAAAAAGAAAUGGCAGAAUGUACAGUAUUGUCCUUUAAAAUGGUGUCAUUACACAAAGCUUCUGCCAUGUUCCUAGGGUAUUGUGAUGGUAAAAACACGUAGAUAAAACAAUGUUGUCUUAUGUUUAUUUCACAGAACCAUUCUAAGUUAACGUCAAGGAACUGUGGUGUAUGUAACUGUAAUCGUCCUUGCACUGAGGUGAUGAUAUAUAUGCAUGAAAUUAACUUUAAGCCCUUCUGCUAAAUGAUCUUCACAUGGCAGUAGUGACUUGGCAAAGCAUGCUCAGUAUUGGGACACAGUUGAUACCUGGUUAUAUCUACAAGUCUACAGUAGUGCCAUGUUUUAUGUUCUAAUGACAAAACUCUGAACAUGGUGUAAAAUAAGGAUAAAGCAUUUACUAAAUGAACAAUUUCUGUAAUGAAUAUACAGUUGGCUCUUCAUGGGUAAAUGUCAACUUAAUGCUGAAGCAAAACAAACUGGGAGUGGUUAGAUAUAUCCACAAGCGUUAGAUACUGCUAACUGUGAAUAUACCUGGUGGGGAAAGACUGCACUAACACAGAAAAAUAGUUGUGUAAAUAGGUCUGAAUAUUUAUGAAAGAUAUGAAGUAGUUUUUAUAAAGAAAUUGUAUUUUGUUUGUUAUUAACCUGUGUGUUUUGUAAAGUUUUUUGUCGCUUAUGUAGUAGAGCUAUGCACAGCAAAUGCCUGGACUGUGUAGUAAUGAAAAGAAUAAAAAAUAAGUAGUAAAGUUGUUCUGAAAAAUGUCAUUGUAGCAUGGAACACUAAAUUCCUGCCUUUUGUCAGACUGUGAAGUGGUUAAUGUUUUGUAGUUAGUUAUAAUAAUUAAAAAUUACAAA